AAAAAAAAAAACAACCUAAAUUUAUCAAUUAGUGUUUUAUGUAUUGGGUCAUUUGGGUUCAAAAUUAUUAGCAAAAAAAUUCUAAAUUAUUUAAAAAAUUUCAUUUUUCAUUUGAGAACAAAAAAAAAAAAAUGUGAAAACGUAUUUCAAAGUGUCCACCGGGCAAUACAAUACAUUUACAUUCUUAAGGAUAGGACGUUUGUGAGUAUACUACAUCGAGUUUUUCGGGACAAAUAAAAAUUAAAAAUGUCUACAAUGACCUUUGGACAAAAAUCAUUUACUCCAACACCACCAGAUAAAGGAAGUUUUCCACUUGAUCAUGAAGGAAUAUGUAAAGAAACAAUGUAUAAUUAUAUGCGAUGUUUGAGGUUAAAUAAAAAUAAUAAUUCGGCGUGUCGAAUCGAAGCCAAAGAUUAUCUUGCAUGUCGUAUGGAUAAUAAUUUAAUGUCAAAAGAAGAAUGGUCCAAGCUAGGAUUUCAAAAUCAUAAUAAAAAUCAAGUUAAUAAUAAGUAA